ACAUCUGUUAAUGUUUCGUCCACUUUUGUUUAUAUUCGGAGCUCGCGGAUCGUAUUAUAUUAUUAAGUGUGCUUUUAAUCUUGCAAUCGCAUAUACGGUAUGCAAAAACGUCCGAGCAUAUCUAUGUAUGGUCCGAACAUACCGGGUAUUGUGAUUAAAUACAGCUGUUAUUGCGAGGGCUUUAAAAAUGGCCGAAACCGAGAGACAGUCUGUGGAAGAACAUCUUUCAGACAAUUCACUACCCUUAGGAUAUUUUUAUCACUGUUUGUCAUUAUUGAUUGAAGUGAUAGUCCUGUUUUGUCGCAUGAUUUACCAUGUUGUUUGCAGCUUCUACCGAUUCGUCUUUCCUGCCAGUCCCAAGUACGUGUAUGGACGUACUGUUUUGAUCACCGGCUCAGCGAAUGGACUAGGGCGACUGCUGGCCCAAGAGUUCGCCAGGAGAGGUGCUCAGCUUGUCUUGCUGGACAUAGAUAUUGAAGGAAAUAAAUUAUUGGCAGAGGAACUGUGCAGCAAAGGGAGAAGUGCUCAUGCAUACUACUGCGAUUUGAGUAGAAAAACAGACUUAUAUUCAGUUGUAGCUCAAAUUAAACGUGACAUUGGACACGUCGAUAUAUUGAUAAAUAAUGCUGCUACUUUGAGUGGAAAACCAGUGCUACAGUGUUCAGAUAGUGCUAUAGAGAAGGUCUUUGAAGUGAAUACCAUGGCAUAUAUUUGGCUCACCAAAGCUUUUCUCCCUGACAUGUUGAACCGGAAGCAGGGUCAUGUUGUCAACAUUGCCAGUCUGGCAGGCUUUGUCGGUGUCAAUGGCCUCGCUGACUACUGCGCCAGCAAGUCUGCUAUCAUUGGCUUUACAGAGGCAUUGGGCUAUGAGCUCAAACAGAUGAAAGUAUCAAGUGUACAUCUUUCCUUAGUCUGUCCAUCUUACAUGGAGGAAGGCAUGUUUGCUCAAUGCAAAUCUAGAUUUCCAGCACCUUUGAAGUCAGAGAGAGCAGUUAAAAUGAUUCUUCAAGGAAUCCUAACCAAUCAGAAAAGAAUAUUUGUACCUUGGUAUGCACAGUACAUACCAGCAGUCAAAUCUAUUUUACCAGUUAGUGCCUUCACAGCUCUUCUGGAUUUUAGCGGAGGAGGUGGAGUCAGCUUUCUCAGGAACUUCAAAGGACCAAGGAAAAGCUAGAAGGCACGAAACCACUUAUAUUCGCAGCCUCACUACAAGAUGACUAAGAUGACUUACAUGUACUCACAAGUUGUGGUAACAAGUUGCAUGAAUAUGAUGCAUGUGAUAUGAUCACAAAGAUUUUUAAACCAAAUAACUAUGGCUAGGAUGGCAUAAAACACCAAUUAUUGUCAAUGUCAUGAAGUGAUUGCUGUGGGGGAAUUUGGCACCUGUAUCACGUCAUAAGUGUAUAAUGAAUAGGCGACUAAGUAAUCAGGGCUUCAUUGAUUAUUAAAAGAAUAGGAAGAAAGAGGAAAGUGUUUACAGAGCGGACAUCUUCCACCAUCCUUGUUCAAGUCCUAUUAUAGUAACGCUUGAAUCUCACCUGGGAUUUACUCUGUCCCCUGUUACUUAAGGUUUACCAGAGGAUGGUUAAUUUGUUUUAGAACAGAGCGUUCACACGUCCCUCAAUCUCUUGGGGACGAGUCUGUGCUUACUGCCGUGCGUGGUGAAGCAGUUCAUUGUCUCUGCAUAAACUGAAUGGGUGUUCGGUGGAAUAUUGCCUACCCUUUCAAAACAAAAACGGGGGGGGGGGGGGGGGAUGGUAUGAUUCGGUAUGGGAGACAGAAUUUUUCUCUCAAGCGGUCAGACUGUGUUUUCAAGGGGAUCUCCCACUCACCAGGGUAUCCCUGAGGGAUAUCACAGUAAACGGUUGGUAAUUUGAACACUGUCAUUUUGCCUUCAAGAACUACAUUUAGUUCACACCUCGCAUACCUGGACCCCUUCUUACAAAGAGUUACAUGUACAAUUGAUCAGAUCAAACUCAAGUUUUUGGAAAUCCAUCACUGUCAUAUGUUUUUCUUUAGGAAAUUUGCACAAUUUCCUUUAAAAAUAAAGAGGAGCACACUGAAUUGUCAAGAAAACAGUGAAUGUAUGAUAAUACAUCAUACUUAAAAAGUAUUUUAAGAAGCAUGCAUUUUAGAUGUUGAUGUCGCUGGCUUUCCAUAGUUGUGAUUAAUUGGAUCAAUCAUAACUCUUUGUAAGACGGGGCCCAGAUAUUUUGAUUCUUAAGGGUUUUCCAAUGUACAGUACUACAAAUUUGAUCAUGGGUUUGUGAAAUCAUUACAUAAUGUGAGGCACCAUUUAGUAAAGGAAAUCUUCCAUACCUGACCUUGUGGAUUUACAAGAUGCAAUGUAACUAGAAGUGGAUGAGCAGAAUAAUCUGAGAAGAAAAUUUGAAAAUACAAUGAAGUUUAGCUAUUAAAAUGUGUAUUAAAACCAGUGUGAUGUUUCACUGAAAGCCAGUGAUAGACAUAGUGACAGUCAUCAAGUUGUAGGUGAUGCCUAAUUGUGAUACAAUGUACACAAUCUUCUGGCCUUUGUAAUAUGUGGGGGUAGGGUGAUUAUUACAUUCACAACAAACACAAAUCUCGGUCUUAGACUCUGAGCUUAACUUUGACUAGAAUUUAUUUAACAUGAAUAAUCCACUCUGAAGAAGAGAAAGUGAAAUGGCAGUAAUACUUCUAUGCAUCUGCAUUUUUUCUUCUUUGUUGUUUGUAUAUGCUACCUCAAAAUUAGCGGUCUAGUCCCACCCUCUGGCAAGUUGAUUUGAAUCAACAGAAAAUAAAUCAACAAGCAUACGAUAUAAUGUAAUGCUUCAAUUUCUGUUCAAAUUGGAAUGUAAAAAUUUUCUCUAAAAUAUGUGCACCUGUUUCCUUUGAUUUACAAAAAGGAAACAAAGAAAAAUACGAAACAAAGACAUUAACAAUUUAUUUGCAUAUGAUUGUGAUUUUAUGCAGCUGAAAUGCAAUACUGACUAUAAUGAUUAUAAAGUACAAUCUUUUUGAUACUUUUUGAUUGUCUUUUAUAUAUGUUCAUAACAAUAGUUUGAAAGGAUAAAUCAGGAACUGUAUGUAAUGUACAAUCUCAUGUAAAAUGUGUACAUGUACAGUAUGUACAAAGUAGUGUAUACAAAGUAUAUUUUAUGAUGUGGUUACAAACUUACAACAACAACAAAAAAGAAUCAUAUGUUAUAUAGUUUACAUGUAAACAUAUUCAAUUUUGUUUGCAAAUCGUACUUGUCCAUUGCAGACUUAAAUAUUUAAUAUGAGAGAAAAAAUUGCCUUUAAAUAUUGUGUAGUAUGCCUUGGAAUUUGUUUAGUUUUCUUUGGUUGUGUCACUUGUGUGUGAUGUUACUGAAAUGGACCUGCUACCUCCAUUUGCAGUUAAAGGAUACAACAAUUAUAGAGAAUUUUGCUGCGUUUACGCGACCUCAAGCCAGAAUCAUGAUUUGAAUCAUGAUUCAAAUCACAAACAUGAAUCACAAUAUCACAGAAUCAGCGUUUAGACGACCUUCAUUCCGAUGCUGUUUCUCCUCAGAUUAGGGCCAAUCCAGUGCGCAUCACUAGUGCGCAGUUUGACAGAGGAAGUUUUUCGCACGUGUUUCGGCUCUUGAAAAAAUCUCUUUGCUUCCAGAAUUCAGUCUCAUUUUGUUUACUUUUAUCAUAGGGUCCAUGCUUCUAUUCAUCUUGUCGGUUUAUCGAAAAUGUUGUUCCGAAGUGAAUUUCAGCAUAGAUCCAAUUUAAUAUUGACACUGUUAAACUGAGAUCAUUGUCUGUCCAGUUAAUUCAUUUACUAGAACUUGAAGUUGAAGACAUGACCAAAAAAUGAAAAGUAGUGGACGAUGCAAUGACCAACGCAGAACUUGAACAUGACAAGAAAUGCAUGCAUCGCACAUAAUUAUGUACAAACACUGAGCAUAUAGAGCGCCUUGAGCUUGGCAAGAGUCAAACCGACACAGUGACAUUAAUGUUGUAACCCGCAAGUGAAAACCCGAACCGUACCGUCCCGUAUAAUCCAAUAAUUUGCAAGCGGGACCCGCUAACCCGUCGGGUUUUAUCUUUGAAAAAUGAAAAUUAUUUCUGCAAUCCCCAUACUAUAUACCCAGUUGUUGUGUGUCCGGACAGGUUGUGUGUCCGGACGAUCAAUUUUAGAAAGUCAUUUGGAAAAAAUUACAAGCGAAGUUUCAUCAAUUUUUAGUACAAAACGUUAGGAAAUAUUAUAAAGAACAAAACAGAAUUAUGAUUACAAGUAUUGAAUUCAUAUUUUUAGUGUAAUCCAAAGACAAAAAAGAAGGCUUCAAAAAGAUAAAGUGUCCGGACACCCGACCCCCCAUCCUACAGGCUCAAAUCACGAAAAUAUAUGCCAACUACUAACCUAGCCUAGAGUGAAUUUACUUACAAUUUGCAAAUUCGCCUUUUAUUCCGGAGAGAAAAUGUUUUUGGGGGUUACUUUGUACCCGAAAUGGGUCGGCUCUGAUCUCGUAAUCGAAAGCAUUGCGCAAUUAACUCCUCGGAUCGGAGCCGCAGCUCAGAGCGCGCUAGCUACAUGUAGCCCAGGCUGCCCAGCAAAUUCGAUGUUCAGUUUCCCGUCGCCCGCCCGCGUUCUGAAAUUUGGACCGCGUUUAAAAAUCAAAUUCUGAAAAUAAUUCAUUAUUUUACUAUUUUGACAUAGAUCUAGAUUCAGAACUGAUAUAAAACAUUAAUAUAAGCUUUUCAGUCACAAUUACUUGUAUAUCAUGUAAAUACCUGUAAUUCUUUUCUUGUUUUUUUCUUGUGAAUGGAAUGACACUGC